AUGAAAUUCAAAGGCACACCACUUAUUUUAGGAUUGCAAUUUCUUUCAACUGUUAUUGCAUACCAAUUAGCUUCCAAUAAAGGAAAUAGCACCAGCUUGUUGAAUACUAAAAGCCUCAUUGAUAAUGCUUACGACUUUACUUUUGAAGGUGCUAAAUUUGCGGCAAACUCAUACUGUUGGCUUUUUGGGGAAAACAAACCUCUUAGUGAAGCUUGCCCAUCGAAGUUUUGCAAAACUUCUAACCAUUUAAAGUUACUCAAGUCUGGGAGAACUAAUAUAGCUUACGCUAUUAUGGAGGACACCAAAAAUAAAAGAAUCAUUGUGUCUUUUAAGGGAACAUCAAGCCCAAAUGAAUGGGUCCUUGAUACAAACUAUCGACUUACUGAGUAUAUUCCCUAUGUUGUGAAGGACGAAAUUGCAACCAAAGAAUUUAUAUACCGCGGCUGGAAAGUACACAGGGGUUUUCUUAAAGGUUACAAGACAUUCCAUAAAAAUGCUAUGCGAUAUUUGUUACGACUAAUGGCAAGGAAGAAAGGAUACACUUUAGUUUUUCUUGGCCAUUCUCUCGGAGGUGCUUUAAGCGUGAUAGCCGCCGUUGAAUCCCAUUUUUGUGGUCUCAAUCCAGUUAUCUUCACCUAUGGAUCACCUAAGGUUGGCAAUUAUCGUCUUAUAGACUGGAUGUCGGAGAAUUUCCCUUUAUACAUAACGGAACAAUCACUUGUUAGUGGAAAACUUAUUCCGCGUUCAUUCUUUCGCAUGACAACAUCCAAAGACAUAGUGCCAUUGUUACCACUUUACAAACAGGGAUUUUCUCAUUGCGGCUUCCAUAUUAAUAUCAAAAACAAUCUUUUUUUCGCGGACAAAGACGACUUGGAACUAAUCGGAGAAUUCGAUAAGCAUCUGGAAUUUAAAGAAUGGAGAAGAAGAAUGAAACUUCUUAAAAAGAACUAUAAAGAGUAUAUGAAAAGUCCGAUGAAGGGUUAUAAGGAAUUUGUAGAAUCGGACUAUCACAGGUACUAUUAUAUUCGAAUGGGGUGUAAACAGUAG